UAUAAUUUUGUUUUUAAAGGAAGCAGACGUGCGUUUGUUCGCUUGGCUCUAAAAUUGUGUAAAAACCUUACAAUUCCAAACAAAUUGCACAGUUUGCUGAAAGGAACAGACAUUUAUUUCAUAAGCACUACACACAUUUACUACUAAAAAUGUCGGACGCAGCUGGCGAAGGUCCGGAUCAGUCAGAUCACCACGUGCAUUUUGAUGCGACCACCUUAAAAACUGACGACUUUGGUUCGGAUAGCUGUGUCACAUUUCAACGGUCGGGAGACACAAUUGUGAUUAGCUUGGGCUUUCUGCAGAUAAACCAUCGCUAUCUGAUUGAUCUGAAUCUGCCGGCUAAUCUGUUUGAGAAUACUGGCGCGCCUGGCAGUAAGUUUGUGCCUGUUGUGGAUGCCACACCGAAUCUACACUGCCGCAUACAAGAGUUUACGGGCACCAAGCAUGAUGAGCAUGACUUUUUUGAAAUGAAAAUUGAAUUUUUCGCCUACAAGGAGAAGCUGCUGAGGGAAGUGUUGCAUAUUGUCAACUCAAAGAAUGAUAAGGAACUGUUGCAGCUGGUAAUAGCGGCGCGUGUGUUGGGCAAGGGCAAGGGAACACCAAUGUUGCGCACCGGCAUUCAUUGCAUAGGCGUGGAGCAUGAUGAUGACGAAUCUGAGGCGUCAGACUUUGCGGGCUUUGAUAAGCCCUAAGGUGACAGCAGCUGUUAGUGUUUUAAGUUGAAUUAUGAUAUAUAUUUAAUGCAGAAUAUAUAAUGUUAAUUUA